GUUGAUCCCCCGUGCUCCACUGCCGCUCUUCCCUGUUGCUCCCCCCACCCCGCCUCUGACCCCGCCCCCAUUGCUGAUAUAAAGCCCAGCCUGGUUCUCAGACUUCAGCCACAUCCCCCUGACCCUGCCACACGGCCAUGGCCCAGUGCGGGACGCUGGUGGCCGCAGCCCUGGCGCUGCCCUUGCUGCUCCUGCCGCCGGCCCUUGCGUGGUACAAGCCUGCGGCGGGACCCCACCACUACUCGGUGGGCCGUGCCGCGGGGCUACUGUCCAGCUUCCACAGGUUCCCGUCCACGCGACGCUCCGAGUCCUCAGCACUCCCCGUCGGAACAGGACCCCUACGCUUGGAGAUGCGCCCCAGCCUAAGGAGCCUUGCCCUGUGUGUCAAAGAGGUGACCCCGAACCUGCAGAGCUGCCAGCGGCAAUUCAACAGCCCAGGGACUUUCCAGUGUAAGGCGGACGUCUUCUUGUCGCUGCAGGAGGCUGAAUGUCAACGGCCUGCACCCUGAACCCAAACCCCAACCUCGACUGGCUGUGGUGGGUGACCCCCGUGCCCAGUCUUGCUCGAUGCUUGGAGCAGCGCCGGCCCUGUCAUGUGGGUUGACGCCUGUGGCCCCUAACCCUAUCACGUUCCGUAUCAAAUGGCUAAAUGAAUAAAGAAGCAAAGCUGUC